GCCGCGUGAUCCUCCUCCACGACUCCACCAUGUCCUUCGCCGCCGCCGCCGCCGCAGCGAACGCCUCCCUCCCCAACCUCUCCUCCUUCGCCCUCCACACCGUCUCCGCCUUCGCUCUCCUCCACUUCCUCCGCGAGUCCCGCGGUGCAAGUCCGAUCCCCUCCUACGAUGACGAUGACGACGACAAUAAUAAUAUACGCAGAGACGACUGCUUCUCCCCCGACUUCCUCGCAUUCCUGCGCAGCCAGCACGGCAUGAUCCCCCCCAACUCCUGCCGGCUGCUCAACAGCUGCCGCGCAAUCGAAGGCGAAUUCAUCGACCAGCUGGCGAAAGAGCCGGCCUGGCGCGCGAAGAAGACGUAUGCAAUCGGUCCGUUGAAUCCGACGGCGAUAACCCGAGCCGACGGUGGGCGCCGACACGACUGCUUGAAAUGGCUGGACACGCAGCGGCCGGGGUCGGUGCUCUACGUGUCCUUCGGCACGGCGUCGCCGCUACCGAAGGGGCAGACGGCCGAGCUGGCGGCCGGGCUCGAGGCCGCAGGGGUGCCGUUCGUCUGGGCCGUCAGGCGCGCCGACCGCGCGAACAUAUACGAAAACAACGACGACGACGACGACGACGACGACGACGACGUGAGCAGGGAGUUUGAGAGGAGGGUGGAGUGGGGGAGGGUGGUGAGGGGGUGGGCGCCGCAGGGGGAGGUGCUGCGGCACGGGUCCACGGGGGGGUUCAUGAGCCACUGCGGGUGGAACUCGUGCAUGGAGAGCAUGGGCGCCGGGGUGCCCAUGCUCACGUGGCCCAUGCACUCGGACCAGCCGAGGAACGCCCAGCUCGUGGCCCGCGUCCUCGGCGCCGGGGUGGCGGCGCGGGAGUGGGCGGCGAGGGGCGGCGUCGUCGCCGCCGCCGCGAUAAGGGACGCCGUCGUCGCGUUCAUGCUGGGUGACGAGGGGGCCGCCGCGAGGAGUAGGGCGCGGCUCGUCGGAGACCAGCUCCGGCGGGCGGCCGCCGAGGGCGGGAGCUCCCGCACGGAUUUCGACGCCUUCGUCGCCGAUAUCACGAAUUAGUAACAAUUAGUGGCUAAAUACACUAAUUAAGUUAUUACACUUAACUACUUUUAUAACUGGUGUAUAAUUCUAUCUGUGCACUAUAAUGACAUAACUCAAUUUCU